GAAUCAGCUGCGUCAAUCGCGGCAAGAUGGCGCGCGACUGAGAUAGCGCUUCGUUCGAGGAGAAAGUGAGGUUAGGUUCCGCACGGUUUUGACGAUUUAUUUACGUAUUAUUUUUCUUCUCCGUCGACGUGAUGGAGAAGUACUCACGCGAACGCAACAGACAUGGUUCGAGGAAAGAGCGUGAUGACGAUUGCAGGAACAAGGACCGAAGAGUCCGUGAUCGCGCGGAGUAUCGAUCCGAAGGUUCGAACUCCAGACACGAGCGUUCAGACACAAGAUCCCGCGAAAGGCACAGAAAAUCGAGGGACGACGACUCUCAUUCGCGUCGCGAGUCGCGGAAGUCUUCCAAGCGUAAGAGCAAAAAGAGGGAGUCAUCUUCGACGGACUCGAGUAUGUCCUCCAAUGGCUCGUCCACAGACUCGUCCUCGGAUUCCACAAAAUUACUGGAAAAGUUACAGAAGCAACGGCAGAAGCAGAUAGAGGACCGCAAACAUCAGAAGGAAGUUAUGAAGGCAACGGAGACGCCAGAAGAAAAGCGCUUACGUCGCUUGAAGAAGAAAGAGGCCAAGGAACGUAAGCGUAAGGAGAGGAUGGGUUGGGACAAUGACUAUUUACACUAUACAAAUACAGACAAUCCAUUUGGAGAUGGCAAUAUCUUGUCUACCUUCGUAUGGUCGAAGAAGUUGGGAAAGGAGGGCCUGCUUGGCGCAGGCAGGGAGGAGUUAGAGAUUCGUAACAGGCACAAGCAGGAGGAGACCAAGAGGGAGCUAGAAAAGGUGAAAAAGAGGCGGCAGGAGAGAGAAUUGGAGCGGCAGCAAAGGGAAGAGGAAAUGACCAUGUUGCAGAGAGGCAAGGAAGCUGCCCAGUUGGAGCAGUGGGCCCGGCAGGAAGAUCAGUUUCACCUCGAACAGGCCAGACUGAGAUCCCGUAUCAGGAUCCAGGAUGGCCGCGCAAAACCUAUUGACCUUCUCGCGAAAUACAUCAGUGCGGAAGAAGAGGUUGAUGCAGUAGAGAUGCACGAACCAUACACAUACUUACGAGGUCUGCAAGUGAAGGACUUGGAGGAUCUCAUAGAGGACAUAAAGGUUUAUAAGGAACUGGAGAGGGGCAAAAAUUUAGAUUACUGGAAUGACAUAACUGUAAUUGUGGAGGACGAAUUGCAUAAACUUAGGAAAUUGGAACGAACAGAAUAUGAAGUUGCUGUUGGUAGAAGAGAAGGGAUUCAUGAGUCAGUAGCCAAAGAUGUCACGGCCAUUUUUAAGGGUAAAACCGCGGCGCAAUUGGAAGCUUUGCAAUUGCAGAUUCAGGCAAAAAUAACAGGGAAACCGGAAGGCGUCGAUAUCGGAUAUUGGGAAAGCCUUUUGUCUCAGUUAAAAGCUCAUAUGGCAAGGGCGCGGCUCAGAGAUCGACAUCAGGAAAACUUACGGAAAAAGUUGGAAGUUCUGAUUGCCGAGCAAGGCGUAGCUAGAGCGGAGAACGAGGCAGAGAGUUCGCAAGCACAGGAAAGCGAGUCUACUGUGAGGCAAGAUGAGCCUUCCUCCAGCACAGCUGCCGAGAAGAACGAAAACAGUCAUUCCGACGAUGAUCAAGAAGAGACGAACGCUGCCAAUGAUUUGUUGUCCGAAUCCUUCCGCGAGUACGAAACUGGCGGUUAUUCGCCGACUUACAUAUCCUACUCGCAGCUCGAACCGGGCACGCUCAUCACACAGGAAGACGAGGACAAUCAGAGGUUGGAGUACGCGAGGAAGCAAGUCCUCAGUACCGGCAGGAAGAUUCAGAAUGUGUUGACGACUGAGGAGCAAGCUAUGCACCGGGAAGCGCGCAAAGGCAUGGGCUCAGACGAGGCGCAGUUCAGUGUUGAGUCGUCGUUGGAGGCGCAGAUCUACCUGUGGUCUGACAAGUAUCGACCGCGUAAGCCCCGUUACUUUAACCGCGUGCACACUGGUUUCGAGUGGAAUAAAUACAAUCAGACGCACUAUGAUAUGGACAAUCCGCCGCCGAAGAUCGUGCAGGGCUACAAAUUCAACAUCUUCUACCCGGACCUCAUCGAUAAGAAUACCACGCCGGAAUAUUUUCUCACGCCCUGCGCCGAUAAUAAGGACUUUGCAAUCCUGCGAUUCCACGCGGGUCCGCCUUACGAGGACAUCGCCUUCAAAAUCGUCAAUCGAGAGUGGGAGUAUUCGUAUAAACGUGCUUCAGAUGUCAAUUUCAUAACAACAUCUUUCAAUUGUGGUUUCAUUUCAAGAGAUAUAGAUAUCGCCGUUAACGUGGCACAUUUCAUACCCGUAAUUUGUGAAGAUCACGAUAUCGAUAAGAUCAUCAUGAAGUGGAAAAGAGGACCGUGUGAGUUUCUAUCGCAGAAAACUUUUCUGAUAAUCAAGGAUGACUUGGAUAUUUCGGAAGGUACGACCAAGACAACAGACGGCAAGAAAACAGCGACAAAAAAUGCGACGCAUAUCGGCACUUGGCCGCCGAAGAUGAAGCGCGUGCAGUUCUGUGAGGAGGAGCCGGAGAGGCCGAAAACGGCGAAUCUCAGAAGACCGAGCGUGCUGGACCCCGCGCUCGUGGACAAACUCGACAUGUCGUUGCUCAGUAAGGAAUUGCUCUACGACUCGAUGACGCGUAUUCAGUCAGCCACAUUGGGCAAGCCGGCCAGUGGGGGCACGACAUCGUCGUCGUCAUCGUCGUCACUGUCUUUGCUGUUGCCAUCGCCGCCGUCGCAAACACGAAGACGCCAGAGCGCCGCCGUCAACAUCGCGACAACGACCACUACCUGGUCGUCUCACGACGUGGCUCCAGUGCGUCGUCAGCGACGAAGCUUCGAGCAGAUGUACGACCCGCGGGUCGCGACAGGCCAAAUGGAGGAGAUCAAUGGAUCGCGAUCGUCCUCGGGAAGUCAAAAGGCCACGUCGCCCAUUGCCACCGCGAUACAGGAGCAUGCGUCCUCCAGACGGAAUUCCGAUAUUAGAAGACUCGACGAUAACAAUAAUAAAAACAAUCCUCCCAAGGUGCUAUCGUCGGUGAAAAAGAAGAACUCAAGGACUGGUCUAUCGAAUGACCUGGAAAUAUUCACCGCCACGUCGGUGAAAAAAGACGCGCCGGAGCCUUGCAAGACUUGUGGACGUCCGGAUCAGCCGGAGAGAUUUCACAGUCAUCCAAAGGGCAGUCAGAAAAUCAAGGAUAUUCCAAUAUCGACGACGAAACCAAAGCCCGCGGUGCCGCCGGUACCAAAGUCCAUCCAGAAGCCGGUGGCGUUGAACUUUCGCAGCGACCGGAACAAGAAUAAACUGGACGAAACGAAGUCGGAUCCUCAGAAUAAUCUCUCCCAAGACUCGGAUCAGCAAGGUAGAUUGGUGUCCGCGCCGAUGAAACGAGGUCCCAAAGCUAUCACGUGCUAUGUAUGCGGCCGAGAAUUCGGUACCGCCAGCUUUCCCAUACACGAGCCCAGGUGCAUGGAGAAAUGGGAGCGCGAGAAUAAUUCGCUGCCUCCGUCUCAAAGGCGGCCCAAGCCGCAAAGACCCGCGGUCGGAAUCGAGCACAACGAUUGGAACGCAACCGCAUGGGAGCAGAGUCAGGAGCAAUUAGUUCCGUGUGCGAAGUGUGGGAGGACGUUUUUGCCAGACCGAUUGCCGAUCCACGAGAGAAGCUGUAAAGCCACGCCCAAGAAUAACGACCGACUGGCCACGGCUACGUUGGCGAACGCGCGCAACGGACCGCGUACCGUUCCCUGUCGCGUUUGCGGUCGAAAAUUCGGUACUAGAAGCAUUAAGAUACACGAACCUCAGUGCAACAGGCGAUGGCAAGCGCAGAACGAUUCCAAUCAGCAGGAAAAUCCAGCUCUCUACAGGGAAACGGCCGAUAGUGGGCAGGGAAAUUUACCACCAAUGUAUCCGGAUUUAUCGCAAAAGAAAACAGUUACAUGUUACAUCUGUGGCCGAGAUUUCGGAUCCUCCAGCAUCACCAUUCACGAGCCCCAGUGCUUGAAGAAGUGGCAUGCCGAGAAUGACAAGCUGUCGCCGGCGCGAAGAAGAAAGGAGCCGCAAAAACCCGAAAUUAUAUAUACACAGGAUUCCAAUACGGGAAACAUGGUGGUCGACCAGGCGGCGACGGCGGAGGCCAACUGGAUGACACAUCUGAGCCAGCUGGUACCCUGCAAGCAUUGUGGAAGAACGUUCAAUCCUGACCGUGUAAACAUUCACGAGAAUAGUUGCAAAGGGAGCCGUUAAGAGUCUAUCAGUUCUUUCUCACCCAAUGCUUAACGUCAGAAUACAUUAUACUAAUUAAGUAUUGCUUACAUUUUCUAGAAGUGAUCUGUGUUUUUAUAACAAGUAACAUCAACUCUGUAAGAUAGCAUUCAUAUAGGGAUUUGCAAUUUUUUACUUAAAACUCGCUUCUAUUUAGGUUAAUUCUAUUAAUUACGGUUGAUAUGCUAUUAUGUAAAUCAUGAUCACCGACUUAAUUAAGUUUCGAGUAAGCACUCAGACUGCAAAAGUGGGUGAUAAUCUUAAGACUCUAAUACACUGCACCUGAUGUGCACCCUGCGUAAAUGCACGCAUGUUAUUAGACAUUGAGGAUCAGUGCAUAAUUACAAUGCAAUUUAAGUUCAAUUAAUAACGCAAUCAUCAACUUGUACAUAUCCGUGUCACGGAAUUAUCAUUAUUACUACGUUACGCGGAUCGAUCUCGUCGAUGUCUAUCCUGAGUCUAUUUCUCGUGGUUGCGUAGCGUUGUACAUUUUGUACCUGUAAAACGAAAUAAAAUUAGAAACUGCAGAGAGAAAGAGAAAAGUACAAGUUCAGCUUCAAAAAACAAACGUUUCAUCAGCGAGGAAACUUGAUCUGUCAAGUGGACUAUUCGCAAUAAUGUCUUUGUAAUUCGAGCAAGAUUUUGUAAAAUAAAUUCCUUUUAAAGAAGGCACUUACGAAGCUA